AUGUACAGGCCCUCGCGGCCCGCGUACACGCCCGUCUGGGCGGAGUUCGCUGAGGUGCUCGCGCCACUAAGUGCGCUGCGCAGGCUGUACCUCGGCCUCGACCUUCCCGUCGGCGUGCACGUAGAGGACUACGCGGAGUUCUUCUGCCGGCGGCUGCCCGCGCUCGAGGUCGUCGGGAUGCAGGCGCUCCUCGGCGCGGCGGGGCUGCGCGUGCAGUCGCCGUCCGCGGUGCCCGCGCCGCCGCAGGCGGGGUGGGUGUGGGCGCCCCGCGUCGAGUGGUCGUGCUCAUUUGUGACAAGAUUGGGGGAUGGGGAGUUCGAGCAUCGCUACGGGACGUACGUGCCGCUGGCGGGCGUGUUUUGA